CGGCAGUCAGUCAGUAGUCGUGUAGUGUUGGCGGAGUUCGCCCGCGUGUCGCCGCCGCAUGCAAGCGCUCGCGUAGCCGCAACACUUGCGUACAAUAACAACACAGCGUUGUGUCGCCUUGUCGCUUGUCGCCUGUCGUCUGUUAGUGUUCUAUAUUGUCCCGAACUUUGGAUAUCUGGCUUCUGGAUGUGCUGCUCCACUUGAAUUGAGUAGAGGCGAGCCGCCGUGUGCCAUGUGUCCGACCAUUCCGAGCUGCUUCCCCGGCACAACGAGUCCGCGACGACACAGGUAGACAGAGCCGACCGUAGCACGCAGGAGACACACGGGCCACAACUACAGACAUACGAAGCAACACGCGGCCAACAUGGAAGUCACCACGCUGGCCUCGCUGACGGAACUGGACACCAUGAGCACGCUGACCUCACUGGCGGACCUGGACACCGUGACCGAGGUGUUCACCAUGGCGGGCAACCUGAGCCACGCGGGGAACGGCACCGCGGGGGGCGCGCCGCACAAGGCCAUGGGGGGGUUCGGGGUGCUGGUGAAGGUGGUGUACGCCAUCGGCAUCGUCGGCAACGCGUGCGCCAUCAUCGCGCUGCGCCGCGGGGAGCGCCGCGUGCGCAACAGGAAGCACCUGCUGCUGCUCACCUCGCUCGCGGCCAACGACCUCGUGGCGCUGGUGGGCAUGAUGUGCGCGAUGCUGGUGGCGGAGCACGUGCCGGGCGUGGGCAGCACGCGCGCGUACUGCGCGGCGCGCGUCGUGCUGCGCGUGUUCGGCAUCGGCUCCGUCUGCAUCGCCGUCACCAUGGCGCUGGAGCGGUACCUCGCGCUCACGCGCCCCUUCCUCUACCAAAAACAAGUGACGUACUACGUGAUCCGCAUGGCGCUGCUGGUGUCGUGGUUCUGGGCGGCGUGCCUGACGUGCGCGCCCAUCCUGGGGCUCGGCCUCUACUACGACGACUCCAAGUGCGUGCGCUACAGGAACGCCGAGACUCCCACCGACUUCGCCUACGCCGUCUUCUACGUCGCCUUCGGAACGGUGCUGUGCUUGGUGCUGGUGUACUGCAACCUGGCGGUGAUCCGCGCGCUGUACGCCAUCACGGCGCCGCGCGGCUCGCAGCCCGUGGUGCGCCGCGUGUCCAAGUCCAGCUGCCGGCAGCGCGCGCGCGCCGGGCCCGCGCCGCACCACCACAACGCCGCCACCGCCGAGGAGGUGGCCUUCAGUCGCCUCAUGGCCACGCUCUCCGUGCUCUUCAUGAUCUGCUGGCUGCCGCAGAUGCUGACGUCGGCGCUGUUCCUGGGGCUGGGCCCGCGCGCGUGGCCGCGGCUGUCCCCGCUGUCCAUCCUGUCCGACAUCCUCAUGCUGCUCAACUACGUGCUCAACCCCAUCCUGUACGUGCUGAUGCGCCAGCGCAGGCGGUUGUCACUCACCAACCUCUGCCACUCCAUCGCGCACUGCUUCAAGCGGAGCCAUAAAACGUCGACGGAGUCAGUGUCGAUGAAGGCAUCGUGCUGUCCACAAGAGACGCUGGUGGUGAGCGACAGCUCGGGCGCGGAGAUGCGGCCGCUGCGCGCGCCCGUGUCGCUGGCGCCCUACGACUCGCAGCACGCGGCCUGACGGCCUCGCUCGGCGGGACACGCCAACCAAACGAUAGAUCUGAUCACGACUAUCUACUAGUAACAAUAGGUACUUAAACACUCUCCGGGAAACGAAUGCAUCUGCAAAAGGUUGCUACACAAUUAAUUACAAGUAAAAAGUAAAAAAAAAUGCAGAAUGUAUUAAGUAUUGUGUCUUGGAAUAUAGGUGUUUAUUCCGCAUUUCCAUAACCAAAGAUCAUAUUCAUACUACUUCCUUAACCCGCACUCGAGUCUUCAGAGCAGUGCAGUGUGCAGUCAGACGAUUUCUCUCCCACUGUCCUGGCUGUGAGGACUGUGGACUGCAGGAGCGUCUCACAUCUCCGACAUAUCUGCUGACUCUAGUAUUGAUAUUGUUCCCUGUCAUACAGGAUAUGUAGGUAACUUAGGAUGAGUAGGUUACAGGCUAUGUACCUAGUUUGUAGGUUAAGAUAAUUAAUUAGAGUAUUUUUGUAAAUAUAGUAAACAUAAUCAUUGUUAUUGUAAUAGUUUUACAAAUUGUAUUUUCUAUUUUUGUAUUAUUCAAUUACUAGAAAGUUAAAUUUAUACUGUACCUAAUACAUGGAGUACAGAGUGAUAUGGGCUAUGUAGGGGGCGCCACGGUGGAUACAAUGUAUAAAGGAAAGUUACAAUAAAGUAGGUACAAUUGUUACUGUAGCGCCACCGAGUAUUAAUGCAGGUCGAUAUGACCACUCUUUUAUCCCCACCUCCGGAAUAUACGUAGAAGUAGGACCUCCAAAAAUCCUUGCACUUGUAUAAUUAUAAUCAUUGAAUGGGAUAUAAAUUCGGGUGUCGAUGUCGGAUUACAAUGAGCUUAAAAUAUUGGGUACAAAUUACUGAAUGUCCGAAACAUAAAAUAGUCCAAAAUUUAAACUACCUCCAAGACUACCUCCAAGAUGUACUGUAUUACCUGCUUACUUCUGCAGGCUCUGUGAUCUUCCUGUCUGCUCUUUUUCUCUUUGCUACUUUGAAUUAUGGAUAUAGAGUUUGUCGCCGAUACCUUCGAAUAAUAUAACCAGUCAUUUUAUUACACAGUAAUGUUUUUUUAAGUGAGCAUAAAAAUGUAUUAAUUUUUCAUUAUCCGGGGAAAUGUCCAUCUUUAAACAGAAAAAUGCUAAAAUACCUACGAACUAUGACUUUAAGGUUGAUUGGUACGUGGAGCUAUAAGAAUCAAUAAAUAAAUUGCUGAAAUCCAAACAACACUUAAGUGUUCAUUAGUUCAACCAAUAAGGCGGAGUUUUUAACUUCUAUUUAUUUUCUUCAUUAUUUCGUUGAUUUACGAUAAACGACCAACUACAAAACAGCUGUUACAUGCAUGCUGUAAAUAAAGAGCUAUAAACACAUAGACACUUUCACCGAAUAAAUAAAUAGAUAUAAUAACCGACUAGUCUCAAAUAGGUAGUUACCAUAUAGUUGCUUUAUGUACAUAGUAUUAAGUUAGGUAAUAGAUUUUACUUUCUCCACAAAAAAUAAUGUACCUAUAUUGUAGAACAUGACUCUAUAAUAUAAUAUACUCUCUGUUACGGUAAGUAAGGAAGGUACAUAACACAUAGAACUCAAAAUAAAAUUAUAAUACACGUGCCUGUUUGUAAAAUGGCAAAAGGAUUUCUCAAUCGCUUGCAAUUACAAUAUCUUGACAUGUCAAACCAUAAAACAUAAACAGAUAGAAACAAAAUACAAUAUCUACAUAGGUGCUUGAUAAUCAUGUACCUACUAUUUAUUAUAAUAACCCCUUCCUUCAAAUGUAAUAAGAGCUUCGGUUCGGAACCACAUACAUAUAGACAUACCACGGACAUAAUAUAAACUAUUGUAUACCUCAAUAUUAUUUGUGAUGUGUUGACAUGAAAUAUUGUACAUAAGCUUUAAUAGAUUAGUAAGUAUAUUAUUUAUAAUCGGUCGAAUUAUUGAAUACAACCUCUAAGAUACAUCUA